CGGCGCUCAGCGCGCGGCGGGUUUCAAGUGAAGGGUUAGUGGGUGAGGGCGGAAGUGAAACGCUGCGCGGGAAGGAUGGAGCCCGCGGUGGAGACUCGGGCUGCGGCUGCUGUGCGGGAGGUGUUGGCAGAGGCGACGGGCAUCCUGGAGCCCGUAGGUCCGCGGGAGGAGGCAGAGCUGCCGGCCCAGGUCCUGGCCGAGUUUGUGGCGGACUCCCGCAAGAAGGACAAGCUGCUCUGUAGCCAGCUGCAGGUGGCGGACUUGCUGCAGAAUUUCUUGGCUCAGCAAACCAGCCAGGGCCUGGAUCCCUUGGCUUCCGAAGACAUAAGCCGGCAGAAAGCAGUCGCCGCUAAGGAGCAGUGGAAAGAGCUGAAGGCCGCUUACCAAGAGCACGUGGAGGACAUCACAAGGAUGCUUACGCACUUCACGCCCAAGGUGGACGAGGUCCAGAAAAAGCGAGCCCAGCUCCAGGACGCCCUGGAGCAGCUCCAGGCCAAGAAGCAAUUAGCUGCGGAGAAACUCAGGACAGCCCAAAAGCAGUGGCAGCUACAACAGGAGAAGCAGGUGCAGUUUCUGGCAGAGGUGUCUGCAGAAGUAAGAAACGCCAAGACGGGCAUCCAGCAGGAACUGGAGCAGCUGUCUCGGGAGCUUGAAGCCUUGAAGCAGCAGUCGCUGCAGGAGCAAGACAAGCUGCGGCGGCACCAAAUCUUUCUCCAGCUUCUAUACACCCUGCAGGGUCAGGUGCAGGCAGAAGAACCAGAACCACAAACCAACAAUCUGCCUGAGGAAAAACCCCAGUAGCUGACCCAGCGCCAGGAGCAGGACACUGUAGGGACCUCAGAGAGAAAGAAGAGCGUAUUCUCCGAGGCAGAUGAGGAAAGCAACAGAGAGGGCGAUGAAGAGAGAAACGGGGAGACAGGUCUUACGCGGUGCCCAUUCUGUGUCCUUCAAGGCUGAUGACCCAAAGCCCACUGGAGGUGCAACCUUACCAAGGUAGAGUUUGGCAGGAAAGGAUGCUAGAACUGGUCAGGGCCCCUCUGUCCCUGGACUUGGGUGUAGAGAGAGGAAGAACUUUUCGGUCUCUUGUCCAAAUCUAAGCUCCACUGCUCAUGGAGGAGAUGAGUUUUGGGAAGGAAGAACGAAUUCCUCUUGGGGUUGAACCUGAGAACCUCAUCUCCAGCUCUGGCAUGAUGCUUCGUCCACGGUGGGCUAGCCCAUCUCUUCUGCAGCCCCACCCCCUCACUCUACCCUCUGCAGAAUGAACUGUCAACUUCCUGAUAUCUGAUGACAACCCAGGUGGGGCAGACUCUGGCUUGUGUUGUUUCAAAGUGCUGACGCACAUUCACUGGCCUGUUUGUGUGCCCAUCUCCAUAUGUUAGUGGAAGGAGUCACACUUAAAAGGCCACCAACCUGUCAGGCAAUGGGACACAUACAAAUAAGAUCCAGACCAGAAGCCCAAAGCAAAUAAUGCCAGGCUUACAUUAGAAGCAAAGCACUUGGUGCAGGUGUUGAACCACAGAGACAUAAAGUUGAUCACUAAGCCAAAUAUUUAUCAAGUCUCUGCCCUGCUUUGCACCAGACCCCUUGUUGUAAACAGAAUUUGCCACAAUAGGCUGGUCUGGUCAUGUACUAGCCGUGUGGAACUUAAUUGCAGUGGGUAAGUCAGUAAGUUAAUAAAAGAGCUUCAGAGCAAUGCCUUUGAGAGAUUAUGAGUGGCCGUCUAAGACAGAAAGACUGAUGGCAACUCUAAGUUGAAACCCCGUUGUUCACAUGAGAGCAGGACCUUCUGUAAAUCAAUAUUAAGUCACUAGUAAGAAAAGAAAAAAAAGGACCUUCAUGUGUCAUGGAAAUCUAAACAUCUCGGAGAAGUCUCUCCAUUGCACCUAUCUCCUCCCUCCCACAGGGUCUCUGCUAUUUCGUCCCAGCUAUCUCUCGUCCAGUCUUAUUCUUGACCUUUUUUCUCCUGGGUGUAUUUGCCUGUCUCUGUGCUCUCUCCCAUCCCCAGCCCAGUUUCAUACAUGAUUUAUUUUAUAAUACAAGGGAAAUAGAAAAUUGAGUUCCAGCCUUAGCAUCACAAGGGCCAGAAACUUACUCCAGGAAUGAGAAGACACUCCCAGAGUGACCAUCAAAAUUGAGGGUGAAAGUUAAUAUCUUGAGAUACUGUGGGGCCAAAGAGCAAAGACUGGGCAGCUGUAGUCAGAUUUAAGGUGCAACAAAAGUGCUGUUUUCUCCCAAGCUUCACUCAAGAAGCUGGGGAAGUCAGUCCACUUGGGCCAGAAAAGGAAGGCUUCAUAACUGCUGUGAUCAAAUCUCUGAAUUGCCUUGCUAGGUUGGUGCCUCAACUUAACCAGAAACAUCUCAGGUGACAAGCUCAGAAGUUGUCCUAAUUUUUCAGACACAGAAGCUGAAUUUCAGCUUUGUGUUUUCUGACUUCUUAUAAGUUCCCGAAAGUCUGGCAUUAACUUUUGUUUGUACAGGGUACAUCAUGUGUAAUGAGAUCACCAUCCCUGGGAAAUUACCAUCACUUAAUGUGAACGGCACUUAAAAUGCCGAAAGGGACUGCAGAAAGGGCUCUCUCUCUCCCUGCCAAAGAUUUCCUUUUCUUCAGUCAGAUGAGGGACAUAGAAGCUAUGAACAAAGAAGCAUGGAUAGGAUUAGUGAAGCAGCAGUGAAAAUACUUACUUUUACCUUUAACAGUAUUAUUCUAGAUAGCUUCACAUAAAAUUUAGAUGAAUAGAACUUCCCCAAUAGCUCUGAAGAAUUACAUUUCCUUUUAUGAUUAAACACCAUUUUGCUUGUUUUUCCCAGUCUUGGUUUCCUAGCCUGUGCUAUUUUAAGGAGUUUUCAUGUCUACUUUAAAAAAAAAAAAAAAAAGAAC